AUGCUCCAUAUUGCGUCCAAGUUUGAAAAUCUCGGCCGAGCCUACCAUCUGCUUUCACCCGAUCCCGCCAAAUCUGUCAGCAUCGAAGGAACAUAUCAGUUGCUGAUCCGAGCGGGAUUUCCGAUGGAAAAAAUUUCCUACCAUGACUGGGUGAGCAAGAUCCAAGAGCACUCAGAAAGUCCCCUGCAGCCAAUGCUCCCAAUGCUGCAGGAGCCGGUGUUUAAGGACUUCACACGGAUGCAGACAAGCACAGAGACACCCGUGUACAACACUCAGAAUGCCGUGCAAGCACUGGCGGACCGGCCGGAAAUCAAGUAUAUCCCAUUGAGUGAGUUACUAAGACGAUAUGUGGACUUUUGGGUCGAGAGACAUUACUACAGCCUCUGA